AUGGCUGGGCUGGAAGCUCCCGAGGAAUGGAAGAAAGGGGAGCUCCAUUCCGGAGACUGCCAACAAGACUGCCGACAAUCAAUUCAUUGGCCACCCCUAUCACUAGAGCUCGUUGAGCAUACCACCUUCGCACCAAAUGCAACAGCCGUCUACAUCAUGGUCACUGACUUCCGCAUCCUCAAAGCGGUCAGGAGGGAGGCAGAGGACACUGUGGAGGAGUUGAACACCAGGGACGAGGACACUCUGGGCCAGCCGAUUACCUUAGGCUCGUCAAGAAUCCGGGACAUCUAUGCAAAAACAUCAAGAAUGCAUUUUGAUUGUUGCGACAACAUUGAAGUUGGGACUGUAGCAGAUGUUCAUGCAGCAUCUGUUACACUUGAAGGCACUACAGAUCUCAGGACUAGACUUGGCAAUGGUGAGGAGCUCCAGUGGAUGAUAGACAGCCUUCCUGGUCUUUGCGCCAAGUUGAUGUGCACAUUGCGGUCCUUUCCUAUAGGCACUCCAUCUGGCACAGGUACCAAAACCGAUGAAACAGGGGAAAAACAGUGCAUAUUCGACGUAUUGGAGAAACAUGGGUGUGGAGCGAGCAGACAUUUCCAACAUCACUGUGACAAGAGCCCUGUGUCCGACAGUGCUACAUCGUUCAUGAACGAUGCAUCCGACCUGUUGUAUACAUCUGCAGUGAUUGUAGCCGGCAGUGCUGUAUCGUCGGAUGCAUCGUUCAUGAAUGAUACAACACUGCCGGCUACAAUCACUGCAGAUACCAUGCAAUUAUUAAGAAUGCAGGCAGAAACCGAUGAGCUCUACCAUGUAACCGUGGUCUGCUUGGAGAACAUGUCCCUUCUUCUGUGGGAUGGAAUGCCCAGCGCAUGCGAGCAGCGAGCAGGGGGAACAAGAGGUGUUGGAGGAGGUCCUUCGCCUCGCACAAACAAUGGAACCACCAGCGAGACUAGGAGGAUGGGCGUACCUAGGGGAAAUUGUGCGAAUCCCGGGGGAUUAGCUGAGGCAGAGGGGGAGAAAGUCAUUGUCGAGACGUUCAUUUAUUAUCGGGAGGCCUUCUCGCCGGUGAAUCUGCUGCUCGUGUGGCAUGUCAGCAAGGAUAGCCUCGUUUUAUCCUUCGAUCAACCGCUAUUUACGCAAGUCUUUGGUGUUCUGAGCCCUUACAAAGGGCUCUCCUUCGGCAAAGAGACACACUUCAAAAUUGACCAAUACAGCAUGAAGGACCAGUCCUUCAUGACCACAUCCAAGCAACCGCUACGUCGUAGCCACCUCUUUCCACACCGUCUCACUCUCGUCCCCGUCUUCAAGCUGGGAUCCGUUACCUUGGCCGCUCACGCCCCUGACUACGUGCGUGGCGUGAAGGUCGAUCUUCUACCCAUGUGCGUGCUCAAAGUGUCCUUCAUGGACGGGCCAUUUCUGUGGCCGAGUGUGUACGACCACCAUCCUCAUGAGUACAAGAACAUUACGUGGGUGGUUCGUCGGAAGUUCUUGAAGCUGGAGUCAGUCACGGUCAAUGCAGCACUGGCAGAUCAAGCAGCUGAAGACUUUGCGCAGGAGCAGGAGCCGGAGAUUUGGCUUGUGGAGGAUGGGGUGGAGACCCUCAUUGUUACGUAG